UUCCUCUUCCCAACAUGCGUCAUUUCCGCCCUGAGUUCAGCGCGCGUUCUUGCUAACAUGAAGAGAGCUUGACAUUACCAGAGUAAAUUCCUUAAAUCAUCAUUCUUCUCUUUGUUAAUUACAUAUUCACGCGUUAUUGGACUUUAAGACACUCGAGGGAAGGUUUGUAAAGAUGGGCGAUGAUCCAGACUCCAUUCCGGAGAGAGAGAUGAAGGAUUUCCAGUUUCGUCACAUGAAGAAGAUUCGAGUGUUUGAGUCACCUCAUGACCUGCCUAAAGAACGCUCCAGUCUGCUUGUGAUCUCUAAUAAAUACGGCCUGACAUUCGCUGCUCGAGACAAAACGCUCAAAGUGUUCCUUACUAAAGACAUAGUCUCGGUGGCACGUGUAGAAGGAAACCCUAAUGAGAUAGUGGAGAAUGUGAGCGCUGUGACAGUGACAGUAGAUGUGUGGAUUCAUCACAUGGCUCUGAGCAGUGAUGAGCUCACGCUGUCUGUGUGCGGCGUGUCUGACGGCGCUGAUCUGACGCUAGACUUCUAUGACGUCCGCACCUUCUUCAACAAGGUCAGACAAGACAAACGGCCCUUCACGUCCUUCAGACCGGCAGCCUCAUCAGGUGUUCUUGUCCAGGAUCUGAAGUGGAGUCCAGUGGAGGCGUCUCGUCUCGCCACAUGUCUGUCUGAUGGCAGUAUGAUGGUGCUGGAUGUUCAGGACUCCGUGAAUGUGGUCGCACAGCUGCCUGCGUCUGCGGGAAUCACCUGUGUGUGUUGGAGUCCUAAAGGCAAACAGGUGUCUGCUGGGAAACAGGAUGCUACAGUAGUUCAGUUCACUCCUACGUUACAGGCUAAGAAGGUGAUUCCCUGUCCCAGCUUCUACAGUCAGGACAACCCUGUGAAAGUGCUGGAUGUGUUGUGGUUGAGCACGUAUAACUUUGCGGUGGCAUACGCGGCAGCUGACGGAUCGCCAGAGACACCACCUGAGCUGGUAGUCGUGUCACUUCCAAAAAAGGAUGAGAAGAGAGAUGAGCGCUAUCUAAACUUUAAUGACCUGGUGUACGGUACCUGCACAGAGAGACAGCAUCACUUCUUCCUGUGUCAUAUAGAGGACUGGGAUCUGGUGUUAGCUGCUUCAGCUGCUGCUAUUGAGGUCAGCAUCAUCGCCAAACAAGAGGACAAGGUGAACUGGGAGCUGUGGUUGCUAGAAGACGCCAGUAGAGCGGAGCUGCCUGUCACAGAGAACAAUGAUGACACACUUCCUGUGGGUGUGGCUAUAGAUUACACCAGUCAGGAUGAGAUUCAGCUGUCUGAUGAGAAGAGAUGUCCUCCUGCACCGACACUGAUGCUGCUGUCUACAGAUGGUGUUCUGUGUCCGUUCUCUUUACUCAACCUGAACCAUGGGGUUAAACAGCUGACUGUGAGCGCCAGUGAUCUUCCUAUGGAGGAAGAGAGACCGCCGCCCGCCAAGUCCACCUCCUUUGCUCCUGCUGUAUCUGGAGCUGCAUCCAUCUUCUCGUCUUUCCCAGCAUCCUCUAGCACAGCUCCGCCCCCAUACACCUUAUCCUCCGCAGCUCCGCCCCCCUCCACCUUAAAUUUCACAGCUCCACCCCCAUCCACCUUAAACUUCACAGCUCCACCCCCAUCCACCGCAUUCUUCACAGCUCCGCCCUCAUCCACCUCAUCCUCUGCAGCUCCACCCCCAUCCACUUUUUCCUUCACAGCCCCUCCUCCAGCUGCCACCUCUGUGAUCCCGCCCUCUUCAGCAGCAGCUCCGCCCCCAGCCUCAUCCUCCACAGGUUUCUCCUUCUCUUUGCCUCCUCUGGGCUCCUCGGCUCCUUCAGCCUUCUCCCUGAACUCCACAGCGGCCAGUUUCUCUUUCAAUGCUCCCAAACCCCCCUCAGACGCUCCAGGAGCUUCGGCCUUCUCCUUCAGUUCCUCCUCGCUAAAAGAGGUGAGCGCUGCUCCCAUCUCCACUCCACAGCGUCUGGCCACAGCGUCUCCCAUCAUCAGCAGCUCCAAACCCCUCACAGAGCCUGCCACACCCCCCAUCAGAAUGAACCUCACGGACAGGUUUUUAUCAGUGGAGACUCCAGCAUCGGCCUCAUCUGUUGCUCAGCCGUUUUCUCUAACUUCCACACCCAAACCACCAUUAUCAUCAUCAUCAUCAGAGCCCAGCAGUCAGACAGCAGCACUGAUCAACAUCAGCAAACCAGCUGCUGCUGCAGUGAUGUCGCGGCCAGCUCAGAUCAGUGUCCCUCCAGCCGCAGUCGCCCUGCCUCCAUCCAGUACUGCAUCUGAACAGGCUGUGUCUGUGAAAGCUCUGGAGAAACAUCUACAGCAGAAGAAAGUCUCUGAUCCCGUCAUGACUGGAAUACUGGAGGAGAUCGGACACUUCCAGAAAGAGCUGGAUGAGCUGAAGUCUCGCUGUAGGAAUGCUGAUUUCAGGGUGGGCAACACGGAUGAGAUGAGAGAUCUGAGGAAAGACUCUGAGAGCCUACAUGACUUUACACUGGAGAUCAAAGACACCACUGAGUCUCUGCAUGGAGACAUCAGCAUGCUGAAGACCAGUCUGCUGGAGGGUUUUGCUGGAGAAGAAGAAGCCAGAGCACAGAAUGAGCUCAACAGAGAUAAAGAUUACCUUCAACUGCUCUACAAGAAACCGCUGGACCCUCGCAGAGAGGAACAACUUAAGGAGAUCCGGCGGUUGUACCAGUAUGUUAAGUUUGCCAUGGAGGACGUGAACGAUGUUUUAGAUCUUGAGUGGGAGAAACAUCUGGAGAAGAAGAAGAAGAAGCAGAGCAGGCAUAUGAUUGUCCCUGAGAGAGAAGCGCUGUUCACCGCACUCGCUAAUAAUCUGGACAUCAUUAACCAGCAGAAACAGCGUUUAGAUCAGCUGACCAGCAACCUGCACAAACUUCGACUGUACAGACGCACAUCAGUGUGGAGUUACCCCAGCCAGACCCCUUCAACACCCUCAGAACAAAGUCUGGACAGUGAGCUGGAGAGUUUGAAAGAUGCUCUUCUGAAGGCCAGUCUGGAUACGGCACCCAAAGCUCCUGCCAAAUCUCCAUCUAAGAUGACUCCAGCCAAACAGUCUCAACUGAGGAACUUCCUGUCGAAGAGACAGACUCCACCGGUGCGAUCAACAGCUCCUGUGAAUCUGUCUCGCUCAGCGUUCCUGUCCCCUCAGUUCUGUGAAGAUCUGGAUGAGGUGAGCUCCAGCUCAUCUCUCUCUCAGCCUUUGGAGCCUGACGACACACUGGCGCUGGCCGAGAAAGAGGAAGAGCCAGGACCCGUCCCAGUGCUGUCUGUCUCGCGACAUCCCACGGUGGUCCGCACGCCCUCCAUACAGCCGGGAUUUAGUAUGCAGUCCACUCCAUUUAGCAGAAUCCAGGCCGGCCCCUUACCAGUCAUCAGCCCUGCUCCUAAGAUAAACAUGGACAGUGCCGACAGCACAGCACUGGCCACAAAAACUGUGAAACAUGGAGCCCCACCCACAGAGAGGACCACGCCCACCACUAUUCCUGCCCCUCAGGCUGCAGGAAGAGCUGCCCUCAGUAGGCACAUGACCAGCCAGAUACCAGGAGCAGCUCUGACAGAGUCCACACUGAAGACGGUUCCUCAGGUGGUGACCGUUCAGGAUUAUAAAGGUCCUCCCAUCCCUGUGUCCACUGUCAUCAGCUCAUCUGUUCCAGCACCAGCAGCUCAGGUUGUUCAGCAGGUUCUGGCUACUGUGGAGGCCACUAAAGGAGCGUUAAAGGUUUCAGCGCCGCUGGCAGGGGUGGCUCAAACCUCUGCAGCGAGUUUUGUGUUUGGUGGAGCAGGUAAACCUGACGUAGGUGGUGCUUCAUCUGUCAGUGAGAAAAACUCAAAGGCUUUCUCAUUCUCUCCAUCAUCAGGGUUCAGUUUCAUGAGUAGUUCUCAAUCACAGGAUGCUAGUAACACUCAAGCCAAGAGUUCUGGUUUACCAGGCAAGUUCUCGUUUGCCAGCAGUACAGGACCAAAGAUGCCGUUUGGAUCAGCAGUAUCUGAAGAGCCUUUUUCCUUUACUCCCAAAUUGGCAUUUCCUGCACAGACCACUAACUCCUCCACACCUCCUCCUGGUGUGGUUGAGCCUCCUAAACUCCCUCAGGCUCCUAAAGCCCAGGGCAAUGCUGGAGAGACACUCGGCUGCUUCUCUGGCUUACGAGUGGGCCAAAGUGAUGAAGUAAAGGAAGCCCCCAAACCCAUCUUAAGUUUCAGCUUUGGACCACCUGGCAAUGGAUCUACUGGAUUCAUGUCUGGUUCUGCUCAAAUGAACCCUGGAGAAAGUGCAAGUUCAUCUGAACCUGCAGGUGCCCCAGCAGAGGUUCCAAAGACAACUACGCCACAAGGGUCUGCAUUCAUGUUUAAAACACAAGAGGGAACAGCUCCAUCAACGAAACCAGCUUUCUCGAUUCCUCAGACAUCUUCCUUUCCAUCAGCCGCCACCUCGUUUGAUAGUCUUCUUCGAGCACCCCUUCCAGAAACUACAACAACUGUUCCAGCAAAGUCUCUACUGCUAGAGGCUACUUCAUCAAUUGAGCCUGUUCCCUCCUCUGAGGCUGAAGCUAAGGAACCUCCAGCAGAACCAAGUCCUGAACCCCCAGCGGUAGGCACCCCAUCAAUCGUGGCUGCAAAUGAAGGUGCCAUUCCCUCCCAACCCGCCAGUACCGAGAACACUGUAGUACCUUCAAACAAGCCCCCAACUCCUCCCAUACAUGCCCCUGAAGUCUCGCCUUCACCUCCACCUUCAGUUACCCCACCAGCCGGGCCACCGCCUGUCGCCGAACCCCCUGCUGUGGAACCUGUCUCUGUUCCUGCACCUGAGGGCACCACCACUCCCACACCCGUCCUUGCACCCCAAGAGUCCCCAGCAAACACCCCAUUUUCAGCUCCAUCUUCAGACACACCAGGUUCAAUCUUUGCCCCACCAUCGGGCGCUACAGACAGUUUAACGCUGGGAGUUAUCAGUCUUACACCAGUCACCAGUACAGUGGCUUCCUCCACCACGUCUACCCCAACAGCGGCCAGUACCACCAGCACGGCUCCUACACCAGUGUUCAGCCAGCCCAGUUCCGCUGCUCCAUCCACGGGAUUUGGAUCUACGGCCUUUGUGGCCAAUUCUACCACCUCUGGCUUUGGCAAACCAGCAUUUGGACAGACUACCAGUGCUGGUUUCGGCCAACCUGCAGCCUCUGGCUCUUCUAGCAGCUUCACAUUUGGUCAGCCGUCAUUUAGUGCUGGUUCUGGAUUUGGGCAGCUGGCUGCAGCUGUCACCACUUCUGACUCCAGCAGUGGAGGAGGACUUUUCGGGUCCUCAAAUGCCAACAGUGCCAGUUCCUUCUCCUUUGCAGCCAGCACCACCAGUACUGCAGCCAACACUGGCACAGGACUCUUUGGCCAGAGCAGCGCUCCUGUCUUUGGACAGCCCAGCUCAGGCUUUGGGCAGGGCUCUGUGUUUGGAAGCAACACAACAACAGCACCCUCGUCUGAAUUCAGCUUUGGACAACCAUCAGUGUUUGGCAGCAGCGCCACGUCUGUGUUCGGUCAGCUGUCCAGCAGUGCUGGUGUGUUUGGACAGGCUCAGUCCAGUGGAGGUCUGUUCGGCUCGGCCACUGCAAACACUUCAUCAGGAUCAGGGUUUUUCAGUGGUCUCGGUGGCAAACCCAGUGAAGACGCCGCUAACAAAAACCCAUUUGGAGUGACAGCCACGGGAGGAUUCGGCCAAUCCAUCAAUACAGGUUCACCUAACCUGUUUGGGAACAGCACCGCCAAAGGCUUCAGUUUUAGCAGCAGUUCGUUUGGCGAUCAGAAGCCCAGCGGCUCAUUCAGUACGGGCGGAGGAUCUGUAGCCGCUCAGGGCUUUGGAUCAUUCUCAACACCCACCAAACCAGGUGGUUUUGGGAGCGCGCCGGUAUUCGGCAGUCCUCCUACCUUCGGUGGCUCUCCAGCGUUCGGAGGAACAGCGAGUUUUGGCUCUGCCCCCUCCUUCAGCAGUCCGCUGGGCACGUCCCCUGGGAAGGUGUUUGGAGAGGGCACUGCGGCCGCAAACGUCGGGGGAUUUGGGUUUGCCUCUCCUAGUGCACCAUCAUUUGGCAGUCUAGCCAAUCAGAGUUCAGCGCCAUCAUUUGGCAGCAUAGCACAACAGCAGCCAUCAGGGUUUGGAGCUCCGAGCAGCGGUUUCUCUGGCUUUGGAUCUUCUGGCGGUUUUGGAGGUUUUGGAAACACCAACGCCAACCAAUCAUCGUCUCAAACGUUCAGCAGUUGGAGAAGUUAAAAAAACUCCUGAAUUCAGUCACUUUCUCAUUUUAUAGAGGAGAAAUAUUGAAAACAUUGAGCAUUUGAUUUGAUUUUGCGAGCACAAGUUUACAUUUAAAUGCAACAUUAUUGAUAGCCGUGGGGUUUCAUAUUCUUAAUGCGUGCUGAUAUUCUGCUGCAGAUCCUUCUGAUGUAACGAAACAUGUUUUAUUUCUGCUGACACUGUGUUCAGUAGGUUUGUUCUGUUUUAACAUGCAAAAUAAGAAAUAAACUCAAAUGCUGUUGACA